UUUCACUGUUUACAUCAUGGAGGCGCAAGUCACUCCGAAGAAGAAGGUAAAAAAGCCAGGAGUAAUUUAUUUAAAUUAUAUUCCUCGUUAUAUGACUGUUAAAAAAGUUAGGGAACAUUUCUCAGAAUUUGGAGAAGUUCGUAGAUUGUUUCUGAAACCUGAAAAAAGCAAGAAGCCUGGUAAACCUAGUAAGUUUUUCAGUGAAGGUUGGGUGGAAUUUGCUAGCAAGAAAGUUGCAAAAAGAGUUGCUGAAUGUCUUAAUGGAGCUCAGGUUGGAGGCAGGCGUCAUUCUCCAUAUUAUGAUGCUCUCUGGAGCAUAAAAUAUUUACAUAAAUUUCAGUGGAGCAAUCUCAAUGAACGAAAAGCAUAUGAGAAAGCUAGAAAAGAACAACGAAUGCGAGCUGAAAUUGCCCAGGUGAAACGGGAAGUCAAUUUCUAUACUAAAGGAGUAGAAAAAAUGAAGCGACUGAAAAAACAUAAAAAUGAUAAUGAAGUAAAUGUUACAUUAAUUAAUCAAAUACUUUCAAAACCUUUUAAAGCCGAGGACAAAGUAAAUGAUGAUAUGCAAGCUACAGAUGAAAGAAAUUCUCUGUUAUUAAGGCAGGUGUUUGGAAAUAGCAACACAAAUUAAUAAAUGUGACUUAUUUUUUAUAUA